AUGGGCAAAAGAUCGGUAUUCGAGGCCAAUCCGAAGGCUGCCCAUACGGGACACCAUGCGAAGCGACAGCGCGUCGAUGGCAGUCACGACCGAGAAUUACCGGCGGAAGGAACGAUUGCGGAAGUGACUUCGGCGCAACAGCUACAGAGAGCCCUCAUUUUCGACCAAGGCAAUGUCGCGUCGCUGCGACAAGGCCUACAAUCGUUCAAGAAGUUCCUCGAUUCGAUCCUAUACUCGACCGAACAACACGAUCUGCCCCGCAAGCGCGCCAUACUACGAGAAUUCCUUGAUACGCAAAAGGCAACUGGCAAGGAUGCAAAAGAUACUGUGUUGCUUCCACAGUUUAUGCAGGCAUGGGACUAUGCCGCGGAAACCAAUUUUGAUAUGUUGCUGGCGGAGGUCACGGCACAACUGGCGCUGCUCUUCAAGGUCUUCUCCACGCAAUCCGACUUCGAACAAUAUGGCUCGCUCCUCUGCAGGACCUUACUACAGCCCUCGGUUGCCAGACGAUUUGUUCGGAACGUGUCGGCACCCACGAGCAAAGAGAUUGUCAUCCUUCCAGCAGUGCGCCUGCUCAUUGAGAUGACGAAGUAUAACGAGGGUGCCUUCGCCAGGACUGUGUAUGCGCGUAAAGACUUCACCUUCGACCCCAAAAUCUUGACGCGCAACAUUGGGGCAUGGAAGAGCGUAGAGGGAAAGACAGCAGAAGAGAUCCAGCGGAAACCCAGCGUAAGGACGGUAUCGGUCCGUUACUUGCUUGCGCACCUAAGAUAUCAGGACGAGCGCACAAAGGCCGAGAUCUUGGGAAACAAGGAUGUUAUCCGGGCUGUGUUCGACCAUGUAACGGUCGAUCCACCGCACCUCAUAUCCGAGAUUUUCGACGCCUUCCGAAACCACGUGUUCUUGGACAAGGCCAUACCCCGCGCAGUCAAGAGCCGCAUCCUGAAUGGAAGGGUACUCACUCAUAUCUCUGGCUUAUACAGAUAUGAAGCACCUGAAGGCUCGAUUGAGGAAGGUCAAAAGGCUCCGGAUGCUUUGGCGCACGACUUCUUGCGCUUGGUCUGCACCUCACCCGCCUAUGGUGUGAUGCUUCCCACCCAAGGCUUCUACCCGCAAGCCAGCGAUGAUGAUGAUGGGGACGUACAGAUGGAUGAUUUGCUCGAUCCUGAUGGCGACUUUGGUCUUGACCUUUCCUCUGGUUCCAAUACUCCUGUUCGCAACAUUAUACUCUCCGAAUUUCUGCAGUCGCUACGUCCUUAUGCACAUACUUUGCACCAGGAGCUUGUCAUUGACAUCUUUCAGGCCUGUCCUGAACUCAUCGGCGAUUACUUUCACAAGAAAAAGGACUUCAACUACGAACCUAAACUGACAGCUACCUGGAUCGGGUUUUCCGCUUUUCUCUACCAGACGAUCGAGAUGCCCGUUCCUCAAUAUUUUGGCGCAUUGCAAGGCUAUCGCGGAUCACCACCGCCAAUAUACGCCUUGUUGCAAAGUGUGCUACCUCAACCCGUUACGCAACAAGUACUUGUCAAGUGCUUGAACAGCAGUUCGGAUCUCAUACAGCUCUUCGCCGUACGUGUUCUCAUAGUUGCGUUCCACAAACUGCGCAAGGUGCUCAACGAGCUUGACAAUGCUCGCAUCACCAGACCAAGUAAGUCGUGGUCAAGCACAGCAGCAAAUAUCGUGAGCGAGUUCGGGCAACGAUGCCCUCCAAUGAAGACCAUCAUUACAGCUUUCCGACAGCCAGCCUUUCAGAAAGGGUUGAAGCGCGAAGCAAUCACAAGACUUUUGAGGCUCUACUACGAGGUCAUGCCCCAGAUAGCGCUCGAGGAAAAGUUCGACGUCUCCGUACCACUUUGCAAUGCCUUGAUUCAGGCGGGAAAGCAACAAGAGUCGGCGGAAGAGAAGGCAUUUUGUGUUAUGGAGCUAGAGCACUGGAUACAAAUGGCGAGGCAUUCGCCAGCAAUGCGCUGGUGGCAAAGUAACAAAACCCUGUCGCAAUCGCCGUUUGUAACGCUCAUCAAGCUCAUCGCUUCUUCGCCAGAAAGCGAGCUCUACGCCGGAACCAAAGGCCUCCUCGUCGACAUCGUCCGCGACCAGGAAAUGUUUCAGACCCAGACUGCUCCGGACGCGCUCGAUGCACUCAUUGCCAGCCUGAGCGCAUCGUGCGGUCAAUCGUCUCUAGUGUUGGAAUUUUUGGGCGAUUGCUGCGCACGGUUCAGUAAAGGUCCGAUCAAGUAUUUUGAUGAAUUGGAUGCUCUGCGCGCAAAGCUUCCGGAAGCAGACUCGGACUUCGGACCAUUCAGUCCCCUACUGAUGACACUGGUCGAGCAAUGGCCUUUCAAAGGAGGCAAGACCGAGAAGGGCAACCCAGCAGAGCCCCUAGCACAAUGGCUUUCGAAGAUCAUGUAUCUUUUGAAGUUGAUUGGAGAGGACGAGCACACUCUGGAGCUGGUUCGCGAUGCACUGGUCGAAUCUGCUGAUAUGGCGUACAAGGACGUACUCAAAGACUGUUUCUUAUGGAAAAUGGGCAAGGAAAAGGUCAAGGAGGCUUUAAAACUUGCUACCGGAACAGACUUUAGCGCUUCUGAGAGAUCAUCUACAUCCCCGACGCCGCCUGAACAGCCAGUAGAAGAACCCGUUAAGAUUUCACUAGCCGUGGACCUAGAGUUUCCACCUGAGGAAGACGAGAAGCACGCUGGGCUCAACCGAUGGCGUAAGAAAGAGCUCGAGGAGAGCAUUGAGGACGGAGACAUUGGCGAGCUCCUGCUAUGCCUUUGCUCAAAACAUCCCGAAAUCCGUAUUCAAGCCGUCCACAACGUCCGCCAGCUUAUAGCAUCACUUGACAAAGACAAAAGCGAUCAACAACAACUUUGGGUCCUUCUCAACCAAACAUUGGAGACGGUUGAUACUCUGCCCGCCUCGACGCCUCUACCUUACGUAGGUGGUGUCUUUGCGGCCCAGUGCGUCAAAAUCCUAGCGGAACCUAUCCACUUCAUGUACCCCAAGAUCAGCAAAUUCCUUACCAGUCGUCCAUUCUGGGAGGUCCGCAGCCUACCGCGUAGAUUCUCAAAUCUCAUCAUCACUAGCGAGCCCGACGAAGACGAUGGCUACCACAAAGAGGUCGGCUGGUUCCUCGACUAUCUCCUCGACUGUCUACGCACGCCCGACGACAUGGAAAUCUUCCGCAUCAACAACAUUUUUGAGCGCCUCCUUAGCUUCUACGCCUCCAAGUCGUGCGCGAUUGUGGAAAAGGAGAAGAUUGUUAGGGUAUUAUUGAGGGCGGCGAGUGUGGGUGGGAGCACGACGCUAAUCACGAGGUGUGGGCUCGUGAGUUGGAUUCGAAUGAUGCUUGAUAACAAUGACUAUCGGCAUCGCGAGCUGAGGCAGUUGGUCUCGAGGGUAUACGAGCUGUGUGAUCGGGAGAAGGUGGAUCAGUGGAGUAGUGGGACGAUUGGAGGAGUUGUGGCGGGCAUCGUUGGGGUGGCAGCGUGA